UCGAUAAGAAGCUUCUCGGGAGGCAUCGUCCCCGGUGUCGGUCGGUUGAUCCGUGCGUUCGUUGUCGCGUUAGCUGCAUCCAAGCAAGCUAGCUACAUAUAGGAAAGAGUGGAGGCCACAGGAAUAGUUGCAAUGCGGGCGAGUUUCCAGUGCCUGUUUUGAUGGGGGCCAUGCUGGAGGCAAAAUAGUAGGCGCAGGAACGACGACCAGCUACGAAGGUCACAGCUGGUUCAGUGUUGCGAAUACAGUGUAGUAGGCCCUGUGCAAAAAAGGGAACAAAAACAAGGAGAGAAUCGAUAGGAAACCAAGUCAACGAGUGUGAGAUCCUGGUUACAACAAGGCUGCUGUUUUGAGCUAAAGAUACAACUAUUUCGGCACCUUCGAUUUUUACCAACGGUAAUAGGUUCAUUGAUCCAAUGUCCACCGCUUGUUGGGUGAACUAGAAUUAAGUGUUUAUAUCUAUUUCACGAGCGUCAAGUGAACGUCGUCCUCGUCGUCGUCGCCGACAUCGUUUUCAUCGGUCGUCGCCAGCCAGCCAGCCAGCGGUUGUUCUUCCGAUAUGGCGAAAGUAAGUGACACGGAAAACUGCUUCGUCGUCGUAUCCCCCAGCAGAAGUCCAAAUGGUGAUGAUGGUCGAUAGAUGCUUGCCUAUGCUAGAAAACUACUGUCCGGGUCCGGGUCGGUGUGGAGUUUGUCGAAAGUUUGCUGAGGAUGGUAGUGAAAAGUGUAUACCGAAAUAAUCGUUCUCAGUGAUACGAAACAGAAGAAGUUGUUCCGAAGAAGACAAAGAAAAAGAAGAAGAAGACGACGAACCACCAGCCGCAGUCCAAUCCACGUGGCGUCGUGGCGUGAAACGUGAUGCGCUGCUAUUGCCUUCGGCGGCCGGCUGUCGUCGUCGUCUAAUUUGGUGCUAGCUAUACACAGACACACACACACAGAUUCGUGAGGAGAAAGUGCCGAAAAGGAUUCAAGUCAUAAACGCUGGUGUUCUCCCCGUUUUUCUGGGGUGGUGGUGCUGGUGGUGGCGAGAAGUGAGAAAAGGAUUGUACACAGACCGGAAGCGGUUCGUUGUAGCAAACAGGCAGGCAGGCAGACAGCAGCUCAGCUCAACGAAAGGGAUCCGUGCCGAAAAUUAAUAGAACACCAACCAACCGAAGCGGAGCGGGGUGAAGACCUUGCUGGCGACAGUCAAGUGGUGGAACGGUUGUCCAAUCUCCGGACACGCUCUCGGUUGUCGUCAUUUCAUAUUGGCGAGAAAGCGCAGAGUCAAAGGAUAUCGUUGGCGACGGUCUCGGAGUUUAUAGCAAGACCCUCAAUCUGGCACCCUGCCCGCCAAGAACAUCAAUAAGUCGGAGCCGAAGGGAUGUUCGUCAAAUGGUACACCAAUCUGAGUAAUCGUACGAUCGCGAUUACCAUCGUCGUCUGCAUCUGUAUGCUGUACGUGUCCUACACAUUCAACACAUGCCUGAUAGCGAGCAUCAACCGGACAUGGAAGAAGGCGCACACGAGCUUCACCACGAUGACGACCCCCACGGAGGAAGCGGAAGUCCCACAGAUCAAAAUCCUCGGCUCGAUCGUCCGGAUCGUGCCCCUCACCGGUGAUGCAUUUGACUCGAAGAACCUCGUGAACGCGUCCGACGGUUCUCCAAAGUAUCGCUUUCUGAGACAGCAAGGCCUGCGACCGUCCCGACACCUGCCGGACGCUCUGAUCAUCGGCGUCAAGAAGAGCGGAACCCGAGCCCUGCUUGAGUUCAUCCGACUGCAUCCGGACGUACGAGCCGCGGGAUGUGAAGUGCACUUCUUCGAUCGUCACUACGCCAAGGGGCUGCACUGGUACCGGCACCAUAUGCCGCCCACAAUCGAAGGCCAAAUCACCAUGGAGAAGACUCCAAGUUACUUCAUCACCAAGGAGGCGCCUAAAAGGGUCUACCACAUGAACCCGAGCACCAAACUGCUGGUGGUCGUUCGGGACCCCGUGACCCGAGCCAUCUCCGACUACACCCAAGCUCGCAGCAAAAAGAAAGAUAUGAAGCGCUUCGAAGAGUUGGCGUUCCUCAACGGGACCUCCGGUGGAAUCGUGGACACAACGUGGGGUCCCGUCAAGAUCGGCGUCUACGCCAAACAUCUGGAACGGUGGCUUGAGUACUUCCCGCUAUCGCAGCUACUCUUCGUCAGCGGGGAGCGAUUGAUAGCCGAUCCGGCCGUUGAAAUCGGACGGGUUCAGGACUUUCUCGGGCUGAAGCGGGUGGUCAACGAGAAGCACUUCUACUUCAAUUCGACCAAAGGCUUCCCGUGUCUGCUCAAGUCCGAGGAACGAUCUUCGCCGCAUUGCCUUGGCAAAACUAAGGGCCGUAACCAUCCGCGGAUCGAACCGCUGGCCAUCGAUCGGUUGCGUGAGUUCUACCAACCGUUCAACCUCAAGUUCUACCAACUGACGGGGAUAAACUUCGGGUGGCCUUGAGAGGCUCCCGCUUCGGAUGCCUGUAGCUAGGUGUACAUAUGAUUCUAAGAAAUUGCCGA